AUGAACAUUGGUGUGAGUGAAGAAGUGGCCGGAGAAGUGGCUCUUGUAGCUGAUGAUCUUAGUCGUGCUGUGGAAUUAACCCUGAAUCCUACUGUAUCACAUGAUGCUCGCAGCCAGGCAUACAAUGCAUGUGAGAGCUUCAAAGAAAACUCGCCAUGGUGUGCUCAAGCUGGUCUCCUCUUGGCCAGUGGAAGUCAGUACUCUGCUGUGGUCAAACAUUUUGGUCUUCAGUUGAUGGAACACACAGUAAAAUAUCGCUGGACACAAAUCACACAAGCAGAGAAAAUAUUUAUCAAAGAAAAUGCUAUGAAAUUGUUAUACAUGGGAGGUUGGGAAACAGGUCAUCUCAAUGAUGCACUAGCUAGAGUGAUUGUGGAGAUGAUCAAACGGGAGUGGCCACAACAGUGGCCGACUUUACUAGCUGAAUUAAGUGACGCAUGUGCUAGAGGCCAUUUACACACUCAAAUUGUUUUGCAUGUCUUUCUUCGACUUGUUGAAGAUGUUGCAACAUUACAGACUUUGGAACAACAUCAACGUCGCAAGGAUAUAUAUCAAGCAUUAACAAGCAACAUGUCUGAGAUAUUCGCAUUUUUUAUGCGUUUGAUUGAGCUUCAUGUUCAAGAAUUCAGGGAAAAAACAGCUGCUGGAGACUUCAAUGCUGCAGCUAGCAAUGGUCGUGUAGUUCAGGUUGUUCUCUUGACAUUGACUGGUUUUGUGGAAUGGGUGUCAACAAACCAUGUGGUGAUGAAUAAUGGACGACUGCUGCAGAUCUUGUGUAUCCUCUUACAAGAUGAAUCCUUCCAACUGCCAGCAGCAGAAUGUUUGCUACAAGUGGUCAACAGGAAGGGAUCUACAAAGGAACGAAAACCUCUUAUGAUAUUAUUCAGUGAGGAUGCAAUCUCAUGCAUUCACCGUGCUGCGCUAGCUAGCAUAAAUGUUGUGGAUGAAAAACAUUACUUGUUCCUAAAGAAGCUCUCACAGGUAUUGGUGGGGCUAUCUCAGCAGUUGACUUCCAUGUGGAGUAAUGCCAGUAACAUGGAAGCGUGGAUGCCAGUGUUGUUGGAGACAGUGUUGUUGUUGACAGCACAUCCGUCAUUGACGCUCGUGCAGGCCGCUAACGCUGUUUGGCUGUCGCUGUUGAAGCACGAGCAUGCAGCACGUCUGCCGCACGUGCUCGCCGCGUUGCCGCGAUGGCUGCACGCCGCCGCACCUAAAAUACUCAAGGUUACAUAUCCAUCGUCACGAGUGAGCGGUGUAAACGAUGCAGUUGCAUAUGCUUGCAUAGAUUAUGACAGUGACCAAGAAUUUGCAAUAUUUUUCAACCGAUACCGAACUGAAUUAUUGGACAGUUUUAGGCAUUGCAUGACCACUGCGCCCCUUGUAACUUGGGCAUAUGUGGAACAGUGGACGCGAGCGGCUUUAGAUAAGGUAGACUCUUGUCCCCCGCAUUUGGAGGCCACACAUCCAUUACACGUGGAAUGGGAAGCACUUUCACAGGUAUUGGACGUGGUAUUAUCUCGGUUGCUGCAAGCGGAACCGCGACCGAAUGUGGUGGAGGGCUUACAGCUGCUACAGCGCUGUGUGGUAUGCGAGCCGCGCGCGCCUCUCAUACUGUCACUGCUGCUGUCGCUCAUAUCAGCACUCUUCGUGUUCCUCAGCUGUGCUUAUAGUCAGCUUGCUGGUCCGGGUGUAGGAGUAGCGGGCGCAGACUUACUGCCUCGCGUACUAGAUAAGAUCUUCGCUGCUUUAGUGUACGAAGGUGUGCCGCCCGAUGAUCGCCGUUCUAGGGCCGUUAAGAACGUCCGCAGACAUGCUGCCGGCUUACUCGUUAAAUUAGGCUCUAAGUAUCCGUUGUUGCUCCUGCCGGUGUUUCCGCGUCUGCAUGAGAUGUGUCGUAGUGCGAUAGCGCGCGCUAAUCUCAGCGCGGUGGAAAGUGUCACGCUGCAGGAGGCUUUGCUGCUCGUCUCUAACCACUUCUGCUGCUACGAGAGACAGAGCGCGCUAGUAGCACAGGUUUUGGGCGAUUGCAGCGAACGUUGGACGAUGUUAGGCCCGCAGGUUUCCAGCGCAGAGUCUCUGGCGCGUUUGAUAGGUUUAGAUUGUCCACCGUCCCCGGUGGCCGACGAUGAGACUGGACGCGCGCGUCGCACGCUCCUGCACGCGCUCACGCUGCUACUGGGCGUGGUCAAGCGUACCUGCGUGCCCGCUGACCCUGAUAAGGCGUCCCGCGGCGGGUUCAGCGCGGGCGUGACCGCGUCCGGCAACCCGGUAUGGCGUAACCCGUGCGGGUCGCACGUGCUGCCGCUGUUCCCGCACGCGCUGGCGCUGUGCCGCGCGCUGCACGAGCUGCACGCGCCGCACGCCGCGCCGCUGCGGCACCGCGGCCACGCGCGCGCCCUCUGCGCCUCCGCCGCCGAGCGCCGGAACCUGCUCGGGCUGGCGGCCGCGCGGGAACACGACCCCGCGGUUGCGCCGCACGACCGCAUGCAGAACUAUCUCCACACGCUACACGACAAUGUAUGUCACUUAGUGGGCGCCGCUGCUACGACUCUAGGACGAGAGUUGUACGCCGUGGCGGGAUUAGCAAAGUUCCUGACUGAUUCGUUACUGCACGGGGUUGAGUGGUUGCCGGACCACUGGCUGAGGCCCAUUGUGCGGAACGCGCUAAAACCACUGCUGCAUCACUGCCCACCCGCACACUACCAUCAAGUCGCCCUACCCCUGCUCCAACACUACACGCCAUUCAUGUUAAGACAUCUAUCGAAACGAUGGGAAUAUGUAACAUCUCUCUACGAAUCUGGAAAGUUAGAAGAGGAAGGGGGAAGUGAAUCACAAGAAGUUCUUGAAGAUAUGCUUGUAAGGCAUCUGACUAGAGAACAUUUAGAAGUACUCAAGAUAUCGUUAGUGGAUGGAGGCUUAAGUGCGGAGGUUUGUUCGGGGGAUAUGGAAGAAGAUACGCCUACUACGACCCCACAGCGCGCGCCCGAACAAGUCUCGGAACUGGGCGCGCUAGUACUAGCCAAUCCUGUUGCAGGACCCGCUGUAUUGCAUACUGUAUUGUGGGCGUUGAUGUGGAACGACUCGACGUCGUCGUUGCGCGCGUGCACCCUGGCGCUUCCUGCGCUGCGCGCGGCGCUGGAGGCGGGUCAGGUGUCGGCGGUGGACGCGAGCGGGGCGCUGGCGGCGGUGCUGCAGGCGCUGCGCACGCACGGUCAGCACGACGCCAACCAGGCCGCGCUGCUAGCGCUCGCCGUACAGGCAUACGAGGCGUUACGACCCCGUUUCCCAAAUAUAGUGACGGUGUUGCGCGACAUUCCUGAUGUGGACGCGCAUGAUCUCCACAGAUUGGACGAGAAACUUGCCGCCAAUCCCACCAAGCCAUCCAAAAUUGACAAAAGCAAGCGGGACUUGUUCAAGAAAAUCACAUCUAGGUUAAUUGGUCGUAAUGUGGGUCAACUCUUCAAGAAGGAAGUGUAUAUUCUGGACCUACCUACGAUGCACAUAGCUAAAGAGAAGCCACGGAGUGCCGUGGAGUCGGCUGAGGGCGCGGGUCUAGAAAAGCUGUUCGCUAACGGGCCCACUUAG